UAUAUCCCCCAAACCCCAAGCAAAAGCAAUCGCCUUUCUCUCCCUCUCUUCAUAAAAAAAAAUCUCCCCUUUCUCCGCCAUUUUCUCUCUCUUCAAAUGGACUCAGCCUCGCCGUCGAUACCGCCGCCUCCGCCUCCGCCGCCGCUGGAGCUGAAUAACCUCCGAGCCCUGAGGGUCCUUGGACGAGGCGCCAUGGGCACCGUAUUCCUCGUGCACGACGUCGUUUCGGAACCAUCUGCCAAAUCUCUCUUCGCUCUCAAGGUCGUUGACAAGGCCGUCAUUAAUUCCAAGCUCGACGGUGAUCGUCGAGCCCGGUGGGAGAUCCGGGUCCUCAGGCGGAUCUCCGGCGACCCGAUUCAUCAUCAUCAUCCGAAUCCGUUUCUUCCUCGCUUAAUCGGAACCAUUGAGACCCACGAGUUCCUCGCCUGGGCGACUCCGUACUGCCCCGGCGGCGAUCUCAACGUCCUCCGUCGCCGUCAAAUCGAUGGCGUCUUCUCCUCCGCCGUCAUUCGGUUCUACCUGGCGGAGAUCAUCUGCGCUCUCGAGCACAUCCAUUCAAUGGGCAUCGUCUACCGAGACCUGAAACCAGAGAAUAUCCUCGUACAAAUGUCCGGUCAUGUGAUUCUCACCGAUUUCGAUCUCUCUCGUUGCUUGAGGAAAAAAACCCAUAUCAAACCCGAAUCCACGAACCCGAUUCCAAACCCUAAUCGCAAUCCGAGUCCGACGCGGGGACAUCGCCGGAGUCUGACCCGUUGGCUCUCCCUGAUUCCCUCCGACGGGAAAUUAUCCGGGUUGAAGAAAGCCAAAUCCGCCCGAGUCAGCCCAGUGGGUCGACGCGUACCCAGUCUCGCCGCCGGCGAACGAUCAAACUCGUUCGUCGGCACGGAGGAGUACGUGUCGCCGGAGGUCGUACGCGGAGAGGGCCACGAGUUCGCGGUUGAUUGGUGGGCCCUCGGAGUUUUAGCCUACGAGAUGAUGUACGGAAUGACGCCAUUCAAGGGGAAGAAUCGCAAGGAAACGUUUCGUAACGUGUUGCAUAAACAGCCUGAGUUCGUCGGAGAUCGGACGGAACUCAUUGAUUUAAUCGGAAAGUUGUUAGCAAAGGAGCCGACGAAGAGGUUGGGGUAUUACGGAGGCGCGAGCGAGAUCAAGCAACACGUGUUCUUCAAUGGAGUCAAGUGGGACCUGUUAAUGGCGGGUUCACGGCCGCCAUUUAUUCCGUCCAGAGAUGACGGAGAUGCCGUUAACGGCGGUGGGAUUGAAAUAACGGAGUAUUUCAAGAAACUGAAGUUGCCGCCGUCAGCUCCGUCAUCCCCGGCGUCGGAAGGUUACCGGACAAAGAUUUCGUUCGAAGAGUAUUGAUUUGAAUAAUUUAAAUAAUUACUAUUAACAUAUAAUGUUUAACCAUUGUAGAGAAAACGUGAAAAUUUGAUUUUCACCGGGAAAUAUAUAUUAAGAGGGGCAAAAGCCAACGCGAGAGAUGUAAGAGAAUGGUGAGUACUGAGUAUAAUAAUACAACAAAAUUUUGAUAUUUUUGUGAAAUAUUUUAGUUAUUAUGAUAACCAGGGUAUAUUUACUUGAUAUCAA